AUUCUCUUCAAGCUCCUAGGCGACUAUGCCAAUUGACUUCGAAAUCCCAGAAAUAUGUAUUGAAAUCCACCCACGCGUUGGUAUUUAUAUCGCUCUCAUUCGUACCCAGAGCUAUUGUGCAUUCACCAUUCAUUCCCUUGGUGAAGCUUACUCGUACCUUGGCUCGCUUGGUACUGUAAGGUGGGGGAGUGCACGUCCUUUUCCACUACCCCGUAUCUACCCACCCCUCCAUUACGGGCUGAGCUUCGGAAUGGAGCCCUCAACCACUGAUCAAUUGCCAUUUCAAUUAUUGACACAGAGGGAUCAGUUGGCUGAUUGUUCCCUCUGAAAAACAACACCAAAGAAUUGUUUUUACGAGAUGCGUCGAGCUUUCACGGGAACCCUCCCUGCCGCCGCAGCAAGAGCGCGAGUAGUUCCACGCUGCUCCGCGCCAGCAUUCAGAAUGCCUUCCUCUACCGAAAACACCAAGGUAGCUACGAGACGAUUGCAUGCCACAGCACAACACUUGAAGCCCGCGUCAGCAUCAGCUCCAGCAUAUGCCGCCGAAGACUACCCUACCUCCCACGAAAAGAUCUCGAAUGUCCAAGAUACCCCUUACUUCAUCGACAACAAGUUCCUAAAGUCUGAAACUACUCAAUUCAUCGACUUACACGACCCCGCUACGAAUAACCUUGUCACACGAGUUCCUCAAAGCACCGAUGCUGAGCUUAAGGCUGCGGUUGAGAGUGCACAAAAGGCCUUCCCAGCAUGGAGAGCGACGAGUGUGAUGGCUAGACAGCAGAUUAUGUUCAAGUUUACUCAGUUGGUACGGGAUAACUGGGACAGACUGGCUGCUAGUAUUACCUUGGAGCAAGGCAAGACUUUUGCUGGUAGGGCACAUUUGAAACGUUUAGCCGAAUAAAUGCUAAUAUAUUUGCAGAUGCCAAAGGCGAUGUUCUCCGUGGUUUACAAGUUGCUGAGGGUGCUUGCAACAUCCCACAACAGAUGGUAGGAGAGGUCCUCGAAGUCGCUAAGGAUAUGGAGACAAGAAGUUACAGAGAGCCCUUGGGGGUUGUUGCUGCCAUUUGCCCUUUCAGUAGGUCAACUGGAGAUUAUACCUUUAACUGUGCUUACUCAUUUCUAGACUUCCCCGCGAUGAUCCCUCUAUGGUCGAUCCCAAUUGCAACGGCAACUGGAAACUGCCUUAUUCUCAAGCCCUCAGAACGAGAUCCAGGUGCUGCCAUGAUACUGGCUGAGCUUGCCCAAAAAGCUGGCAUGCCACCUGGAGUCUUGAACAUCGUUCAUGGUGCAGCCAAGACCGUAGACUUUAUUAUUGACGAGCCUGCCGUUAAAGCUAUUAGUUUCGUUGGAAGCAACCGUGCUGGUGAGUACAUCUUCGCAAGAGGCUCAGCAAAUGGAAAGCGUGUACAGGCCAACUUGGGAGCCAAGAACCAUGCAGCCGUCCUUCCUGAUGCCAACAAACAGCAUGCACUCAACUCAAUUGCUGGUGCCGCCUUUGGAGCUGCUGGUCAGCGUUGUAUGGCCUUGAGUACAUUGGUUAUGGUAGGUGAAACAAAGGAGUGGCUCACUGAGCUUGCCGAGAGUGCGAAGUCUUUGAAGGUUAACGGAGGCUUUGAAGAGGGUUCAGAUCUUGGACCUGUCAUCUCACCACAAAGCAAGGAAAGAAUUGAGGCAUUGAUUGACAGUGCUGAGAAGGAGGGUGCUACUGUUCUCUUGGAUGGGCGUGAUUUCAAGCCAGCUAAAUAUCCUAACGGAAACUGGGUUGGACCAACUAUCAUUACAAACGUGAAACCACACAUGAAGUGUUAUACCGAGGAGAUCUUUGGUCCAGUUCUGGUUUGCUUGAACGUCGACUCUUUGGAUGAGGCUGUCGACCUUAUUAAUGCUAAUGAAUACGGCAACGGUGUUGCUAUCUUCACAAAAUCUGGAGCUACCGCCACGGCAUUCCAAAAGAACAUUGAGGCCGGACAAGUUGGAAUCAAUGUACCAGUAAGCAUCACACAUUCCCAUCACUUUGUCGAAUACUAACAUCACACUUCAGAUUCCCGUCCCCCUUCCCAUGUUCUCCUUCACAGGAAACAAGAAAUCCAUCGCUGGUGGUGGUGCCAGUUACUUCUACGGCAAACCAGGACUUCAAUUCUAUACUCAAUUGAAGACUGUGACUAGCUUGUGGAGAAGCGAGGAUGCUAUCUCCAAGGCUGCGGAUGUUUCUAUGCCUACUCAUUCUUAGUUUGUUAGCGAAAUCAUGAAGUGCACGAAAUGAAAAAUUUGGGAGGAAAGUUUUGGAUCAUGACCAGAAUGUAAAUAUGAAUUAUGAAUUGAGAUUAUUUUAUCGAUGGCUUUAAG